GCUGGUGACUCCACAGGUCAGGCGACUGUUUAAGCAAGCUCUUGUUUUAGGCACCACCCAGCAGGAUGGACGUAGACCCAGUCCUCCCUGGGAAACUUACCUUGGCAGCUCUCUUAUUCUUUAUCAGCUACCAAUUUACUGGUUCUUUCAUCAGAAAAUUGUUGCAUCGAUACCCCCCGGGACCUCGAGGUUGGCCGAUCAUAGGUGCAAUUCCCCUCCUUGGAGACAUGCCUCAUGUCACAUUAGCCAAAAUGGCCAAGAAGUAUGGUCCCGUCAUGUACCUGAAAAUGGGUACUCGUGACAUGGUUGUGGCCUCCAACCCAGAUGCAGCCCGAGCCUUCCUCAAAACCCUUGACCUAAAUUUCUCAAACCGUCCCAUAGAUGGAGGUCCAACUCACUUAGCUUAUAAUGCACAAGACAUGGUCUUCGCAGAUUACGGACCAAGGUGGAAAUUGUUGCGCAAAUUAAGUAACCUGCACAUGCUAGGUGGUAAAGCUCUAGAGGAUGGGGCUCCUGUUCGAGUUACCGAGCUAGGUCACAUGCUCCGAGCCAUGUGCGAGGCUAGCCGAAAAGGAGAUCCUGUGGUGGUGCCAGAAAUGUUGACCUAUGCAAUGGCAAAUAUGAUAGGACAAAUUAUACUUAGUCGUCGUGUGUUUGUUACAAAGGGCUCGGAGUCUAAUGAGUUCAAGGAUAUGGUGGUGGAGCUAAUGACAAGCGCGGGUUUUUUCAAUAUUGGAGAUUUUAUACCGUCUGUUGCUUGGAUGGAUUUGCAAGGAAUUGAACGUGGGAUGAAGAAAUUACAUAGAAGGUUUGAUGUGUUAUUGACGAAAAUGAUUGAGGAUCAUUCGGCAACCAGUCAUGAACGCAAGGGAAAGCCGGAUUUUCUUGACGUUCUAAUGGCCAACCAAGAAAAUUCGGAUGGUGCGAGGCUUUGUCUUACCAACAUUAAGGCUCUUCUCUUGGACUUAUUCACAGCUGGUACCGACACCUCCUCGAGCGUAAUUGAAUGGGCACUUGCCGAGAUGUUGAAAAACCAGAGCAUCCUUAAAAGGGCUCAAGAAGAGAUGGAUCAAGUCAUCGGUCGGAAUCGACGGCUAGUUGAAUCUGACAUACCAAAACUUCCAUACCUGCAAGCCGUAUGCAAAGAAACAUUUCGAAAGCACCCAUCAACGCCCCUAAACCUCCCCAGGAUUGCAGACCAAGCAUGCGAAGUGAAUGGAUAUUAUAUCCCUAAAGGCGCUAGACUUAGUGUUAACAUUUGGGCUAUAGGGAGGGACCCAGAUGUGUGGGACAAUCCAGAGGUCUUUACUCCUGAGAGAUUCUUUAUUGAAAAAUAUUCAAAAAUCAAUCCACGGGGAAAUGAUUUUGAGCUAAUUCCGUUUGGAGCAGGGAGAAGAAUUUGCGCUGGGACUAGAAUGGGAAUUGUGCUGGUGGAGUACAUUUUAGGCACGUUGGUGCACUCUUUUGAUUGGAAAUUGCCGAAGGAUGUCGAUCUCAACAUGGACGAGGUCUUCGGCCUUGCAUUGCAGAAGGCCGUCCCUCUCUCCGCUAUGGUUAGCCCACGCCUAGAGCCUAAUGCAUAUCUUGCCUAAGCUAUUGCUUAAAGCUUAGGCAUGUUGCUUUACGAGGUUUUUGUACGUUUGCGUGUUUCUCGCUUGGUGU